UAGAUGUUUCUCGAAGCUCAGAGGGUAGGCUGGGCUUUCUCGAAUGCUCGGUAAAGCUAUAAAGCUUGCACAGGUCGCCUGUCUCAACUAGGUAUCCCAGUCAUUGGAUUGGUUACGAAAUAGCAUCAUUAUCCACACGCUUGUUACUGGAGUCGUCGACGCUCUAACGAUAGAGAUGCCUGAAGCACACGACCAACCAAUGGAGGAGGAGGCGGAGACCUUUGCCUUCCAGGCUGAGAUUGCUCAGCUGAUGUCCCUGAUUAUCAACACGUUCUAUUCCAACAAAGAGAUCUUCCUUAGGGAGCUUAUCUCCAACUCCUCAGAUGCUCUGGACAAAAUCCGCUAUGAAAGUCUCACUGACCCUUCCAAGCUGGAAACUGGCAAGGACCUCAAAAUUGAGGUUAUUCCUAAUAAAGAGGAACGCACCCUAACCCUGAUUGACACUGGUAUCGGCAUGACAAAGGCUGACCUAAUCAACAACCUGGGCACAAUAGCCAAGUCUGGCACUAAAGCUUUCAUGGAGGCUCUGCAGGCUGGAGCUGAUAUCUCCAUGAUCGGUCAGUUUGGUGUGGGUUUCUACUCUGCCUACCUGGUGGCCGAGAAGGUGACAGUAAUCACCAAGCACAACGAUGACGAGCAGUAUGCCUGGGAAUCCUCUGCUGGAGGCUCAUUCACAGUUAGAGUGGACAACUCUGAGCCACUGGGGCGUGGCACCAAGGUGAUCCUGCACCUGAAAGAAGACCAGACAGAAUACAUUGAGGAGAGAAGAAUUAAAGAGAUUGUGAAGAAGCACUCACAAUUUAUUGGCUACCCCAUCACACUAUUUGUGGAGAAAGAGCGUGACAAGGAAGUGAGUGAUCAUUCAGCAGAGGAGGAGGAGAAGGAGGAGAAGGAGAAAGACAAGGAUGAGGAAGAGAAGGAUGAGGACAAGCCAGAGAUUGAGGAUGUUGGAUCAGAUGAGGAGCAUGACCAUGACAAGUCUUCAGACAAAAAGAAGAAGAAGAAGAAGAUCAAGGAGAAAUACAUUGAUCAGGAGGAGUUGAACAAGACCAAACCUUUGUGGACCCGUAACCCUGAUGACAUCACUAAUGAGGAGUAUGGCGAGUUCUACAAGAGUCUAACCAAUGACUGGGAGGACCACCUGGCUGUUAAGCACUUUUCUGUAGAGGGUCAGUUGGAGUUCCGCGCCCUGCUCUUUGUACCUCGCCGUGCUCCCUUUGACCUCUUUGAAAACAAGAAGAAGAAGAAUAACAUUAAGCUUUAUGUGCGCAGAGUAUUUAUUAUGGACAACUGCGAUGAGCUCAUCCCUGAGUACCUCAAUUUCAUUAAAGGUGUGGUGGACUCUGAGGAUCUGCCACUGAACAUCUCCAGAGAGAUGCUGCAGCAGAGCAAGAUCCUGAAGGUCAUUCGCAAGAACCUGGUCAAGAAGUGUCUGGAACUGUUCACUGAGCUGUCUGAGGACAAGGACAACUACAAGAAAUUCUAUGAGCAGUUCUCAAAGAACAUCAAGCUUGGCAUCCAUGAAGACUCCCAGAACAGGAAGAAGCUGUCUGAGCUGCUGCGCUACUACACAUCAGCCUCUGGAGAUGAGAUGGUGUCUCUGAAGGACUAUGUUACACGCAUGAAAGACAACCAGAAGCACAUCUACUACAUUACUGGUGAGACCAAAGACCAGGUGGCUAACUCUGCUUUUGUGGAGCGUCUUCGCAAAGCCGGCCUGGAGGUCAUUUACAUGAUAGAGCCUAUUGAUGAGUACUGUGUCCAGCAGCUGAAGGAGUUUGAGGGCAAGAACCUGGUAUCAGUGACAAAAGAAGGCCUGGAGCUGCCUGAGGAUGAGGAUGAGAAAAAGAAGCAGGAAGAGAAGAAAUCUCAGUUUGAGAACCUUUGCAAGAUCAUGAAGGACAUCUUGGAGAAGAAAGUAGAGAAGGUCACAGUCUCCAACCGCCUGGUGGCUUCCCCCUGCUGCAUCGUUACCAGCACCUAUGGCUGGACGGCCAACAUGGAGAGAAUUAUGAAAGCCCAGGCCCUGAGAGAUAACUCCACUAUGGGCUACAUGGCUGCUAAAAAGCACCUGGAGAUAAACCCAGACCAUCCCAUCGUGGAGACCUUGAGGCAGAAGGCAGAGGCUGACAAGAAUGACAAGUCAGUAAAAGAUCUAGUCAUCCUCCUCUUUGAGACUGCCCUGCUCUCUUCUGGAUUUACAUUGGAUGACCCCCAGACCCACUCCAAUCGCAUCUACAGAAUGAUCAAGUUGGGUCUUGGCAUUGAUGAAGAUGACAUCACAUCUGAUGAUACCACCUCUGCUCCCACUGAGGACAUGCCCCCUCUGGAAGGGGAUGACGAUGACACAUCCAGGAUGGAGGAGGUGGACUAGUCCCACUUCUAUAGCCUGAUAGCAUUUGAAAGUAGUGUUCUGUAAAAUUUCAUAUUUAAUGUUCUAAAUGAGCCUAGAAUGUACCCACCCCUCCACCUCUUUUUGACCAGUUCACAU